AAUUUGCAACGUAGAUUGUUUAUGAACAAUAUUUGGGCAUUUUUUGCAGUGACAGUACAAUAAAACAGAAUGCUUGCAUUCGCAAUAUUUGCUGUAACAUUUGUUGGUUCAUUAAUUGGUGUUGUCGCCUAUCUGUAUCCGAGUUCCAAGAACCCAUCAACAAUACCUGGCUUGGAUCCUGUUUCUAAAGAAGAUGGUAACCUCGGAGACAUUGCGAAGGCCGGAAGUCUGCAUGAGUUCUUGUUAGAUCUUCACAAGCAAUUUGGACCAAUAGCCUCAUUCUGGUGGGGACCACGUUAUGUUGUCAGCAUUGCUAAUGCAGACCUGUUUAAACAGCAUCAUAAUGUAUUUGACAGGCCACCGGAAUUAUUUGAGUUGUUUGAGCCGCUGAUUGGAGCAAAGUGUAUCCAGUAUGCUAAUGGAGAGGAUGGUAGAGCACGUCGUAAUUUAUAUGACAAAUGUUUAACACAUGAAGCAACUCACAAAUACUUCAUCAUAUUUCAAGAGAUUGCAGAUGAGUUGGCCAAGAAAUGGGAGACGAUGUUGAAUGAUGAACAUAUUGCCCUUACACAGUACAUGUAUGCUUUUGCAUUGAAAGCAGUAUUAGCAUCACUGUAUGGAGAGAAAAUGAAAGAUGACAAAGCAGUUCUAGAAUUCAGGAGCACAUAUGAUGUGGUAUGGGCAGAAUUAGAGCACAGACUGACAGAGCCUCCUAGUGAAACAAGAAAUAAGAUUAUUGCUGAUGGUAAGAAGAAACUUGCAGCUGUUGCUAACCGUAUGGUACAACACCGGAAGGAUGACCCUCCUCAACAUGGGGAGGAAUUAUUACUAGAUUUAAUGCUGGACUACACAGACGAUAAAGAAUUACAAAAUGCUGAUGCAUUAGCUUACGUCAUUGGAGGAUUCCAUACCACAGGAAAUUUGUUGUCCUGGGCAAUAUAUUUCCUUGCUACUCAUCCUGAUUGUCAAAACAAGGUUGUUGAUGAGAUCAAGAAAGUUCUUGGAGAUGAUGAGGUUGAUCACACAAGUAUUGGAGAUUUAGAGUAUUUGCGACAUGUUAUAGACGAGACUAUGAGGUGUGCAGUGGUUGCCCCAUGGGCAGCAAGGUUCCAGGACUUUGACUCAGAACUGGGUGGACACAAAAUACCAAAAAAUACCCCUGUGAUACAUGCUCUUGGUGUGGCUGCUAAAGAUGAGACAGUAUUUCCCCAGCCAGAUAAAUUUGAUCCGGACAGAUUUACACAUGAACAUGCCAGGGAGAGACCUCAUCUAGCAUUUUCACCAUUUGGCUUUGCUGGAAAACGUGUUUGUCCAGGGCAGAGAUUCGCCUAUGCUGAAGCAACAGUAGCUUUGGUGACCUUACUGAGAAAGUUCAAGGUCAAGAUGGUUGAAGGUCAGAUAAUUGAACCAGUCCAUGGAUUGGUAACACAUCCUAGUGAGGAAAUUUGGAUCACCAUUUCAAAGAGAUAGACUUUAGGAGAAAUAUGUCAGUGAGAAUAUUCUGUUUAAAAAUGUUUUUGAGUGCAAGUUUAUUUCAUUAUGUGUACGGGUACAUGUAAUAAAGUCAAGUCCCACACAGCAAAUAUAUAGCAUUCAAAGGUGUUCAACCCGAUUUAGCUGUACAUAUUGAAGUUUGAAUCCAUAGCACUUAAUAUUAAUUUUGUAUGUCACAAUGGAAAACUUGCUUUAUUCGAUUUCUCAACUGGGUUUAAUUUUCAAACAUUAGCUAAGAUGAAAUAAAUAUUGUUUUAAGAUUUGAGAUUUAAAAAAUAAAGAUGAUCUAAGGUUAGUUGCAUGGAAAGUGACAUGUUGAGCAAUUAUUGGCAUAAAAUCUCUAUAAUGAAAGAUAAUUUGUUAAAAACUUACUUGGACAAAGUGCUGUUUCAGUUUUGUCUGUAAAAGAAAUUCUGUGAUGUAACAGUAAGUUAUUUUACUAGAAAAAUAAAUUCAGCUGGUUGUGGGUAGAAGAAUAGUCUGAAGAAAAAAUAUUGUAUGCACUGAUCACCUUCAAAUGCAUAAGUAAAAUUUAUUGUUUAAGCAAUAUGUAUUAAUUCAUAAUGUUUAGCUUUAUUCUUUCCCCCAGCCCAUUUUGAAACCCCUGCUUUUCAAUGUUAUCCAAGAAGUAAAGACAGUGAUUUUCUCUUUGUAUUAAGUAUAUGUAAUAGUAACCAGAUGGUCUUGUUGCAUUAUACUGGGUCUGUUUAGACUAAAGAUAAUUGGCAAGGAGUAGAAAACUGAUAAUUGCCAUUUUCCUGCACAUUAUAUUAGGUCUGUUUAGACUUAGAUACAUGUAAUUGACAAGAGGUAGAAAACUAAUGAUUGCCGUUUUCCUGCACAUUAUAUUGGGCCUGUUUAGACUUAAUUAAUUGACAAGAGGUAGAAAACUGAUAAUUGCCAUUUUCCUGCACAUUAUAUUAGGUCUGUUUAGACUUAGAUAAUUGACAAGAGGUAGAAAACUAACGAUUGCCAUUUUCCUGCACAUUAUAUUAGGUCUGUUUAGACUUUCACAAUAGGUAGAAAACCAAAAAAUUGCCAAUAUUGGGUCUGUUUAGACUUGAUUAAUUGACAAGUGGUUAAAAUCUAAAUUGUCAUUUUUACAUGCUGGCUAUCAAGACCAUCUUAAACUAAAAGUAACAGUCCUAUGUCAGUCCUAUGUGUCCUUAAUAAUGCCCCUAUGUCAAAUGAACUGAUCUGUGAAUAGUCAGCUGAAAUAUUAGGGAGGUUGGUAGCGGACCAAAGUAUAUACAGCCAGUAUCACAUCCAAAAUACAGUUUACAAAACAAUUUUUGCCUGCAUUGGAUAAAUUACUGCUGAAUGUGUUAAUUUCCACAAAAUUUAUGUUGAUUGAAUAAGUCUGCCAUCUGUCAGUUAACAGUCUCAUUUACUGUACUCUAAACAGACCCAGUGGUGCCAAAUAUUAUGUCAACCUGACAUCAAUAUUGCCAUGUUUUAAUGAAAUAUGCAUAGAUUAUUUUCAUAUUAUAAUGUUUAAUAAGAUAAUCAGUCUUAUCAGAGAGAUAAUUCCUUUCAACAGUUAAUGUAUGCUAACCUGAAAAUCCAACAAUUUCAGCCAAAGCCAGGCCAAAACUAGAACUUUCCACAUAAAUUUUGACAAUACUGCUGCUCUACAAUAAGAGAACCAUAUUCUUCUACACUAUGAAAUAGAAACUGCUAAUGACAAAAUGUACAAGUUUAGUUUAACAUAUUAAUUGAGAAAGUGUCCAAGAAAUAGAUUGUAAUGUAAUAGAAAUAACUAAUCUUAAUUAAACACUCUGUAUUUUCAUUUAAUAGGCAUUAUUUUAUUUUCAUUCUGCAAAUGUUUUGAUGUAUUAAGUGUAAUACGGCGUGUAAUACAGGUAUUUUCAUACGUGUUGUAAAUGACAGGGACUUAUGUGGUCUCAAAUAUACAUUUUCACUAUUUUUGUCCAGUUCCUUAAAGCAAGCAUAUAUGCUUUAGUUGAAUUUUUAUAUACCAGAACCAAUUACCUGUGAUCUAGAUCAGAAGUCAGUUGGAAUUAAAUUUUCAAAAUGGCACAUUGUCCAAGUAUGUUUCUUAGCAGGUAGAAAUGAACUUUUUAAAUUUCUAAUUGAUGGUAGGCCAUUCUAGUCAAAAUUUAUUUAUUUACUUUUCUUUUGAUAAACGUAAGUCAUUUCACUGAAACUUGUGUAUUGGGUAUUUAAUCAAGGAUCAAAAUUAUGUUACUGUGAUCUUUUUAUUAUAAAUGAAUGAUGCCACCUAUAUCUCAUUUCUUUAAUCCUUACUCUACUAAAUAUCCAUAAUGAACUUGUCCAUCUUUAAUUUGGACAGUUCCAUACUUCAUGUUUUUAUUUGGAUGUAAAUGAGAUGCGAAACCAAAAUUUGUAGUCCUCAUUGGCGCCAUGUAACCUAUACUGUGUUGGUGCGCUGUAAAACCCAAAUAAAUAUUAAAUAAUUUGGACAGUACCAUUGACUGUUAAAAGGGAUGCUUAUCAAAUAGAUACUGAGUGUUGAACAGUGCAGAUUUUGAUCAGGCUGCACAGAUGUGCAGGCUGAUUAAGAUCUACACUGGUCACAAAGGCAGAAUCACUUACUGCCAGCAGGCUUAAGGUUAAAGAUUUAAAGACCUAUUUUUUUUUGCGGGGGAGGGUAGGGGAGCUGGUUUGGAUUGUACAGCAAGUUGGUAAAGAUAGUACUGUGUUAACAAAGGGUUCCCUCUGUGGACUAGUGUUUUAAGGUGGCUGACUUUGAACCAUUUGCCCUAAACAGCUUUGUGUUUGAAACCUUUGUUGUGGUGUAGAAUUCUUCCAUAUGAGGACCGGAGCCUACUGUCUGGGAUACAGAAUGUUGGCAUACUACCUUUGUAGGUGCUUACCCGUACCUAAAGUAUCACCAAAAGAAGAUUUUUUGAGAGUUAAUCGCCUUCAGUGAUAGCUCCAGUUUGUAUCUGUAUCUUUUAACUUAAAUAGUGAACAAUGUUUAUUGCACAUCUUGCAAUGGCUUGAGGUUGGAAGUACUUUAUAAUAAUGUUUAUGUAUAUACGUUACAUAUGUACAUGUAUGAAUUGCAGAAUCAUACUGCUUGAUGUUAGUUUAUUGCUUUUCAUAUAAUUUGGUAAUUGGUGCAAUUUAAAUUGAAUAAUCUGUAAUCAUGGUUGUAAAUGAGUAUGUGUUCGUGCUAUUUUGGUGCAAGAAUAAUAACUGUAAAUUAUUAGUCCUUUUGUUAAUGUAAUGAUCAAAAUAAAGAGCUUACAAGAUACAA